UUUCGUUCUCUCUCUAACCCAAAUCUCCCAAUCCACACAGAAGUCUUUUUACUAUUAAAUGGCGGGAGUCUAAUUAAACCAGAUCCAAUUGCUCUCUCUAGAAUCCCUCCGUCUUUUCUUAUUUACCUUUCCCAUCUCUCUUUGUAGUCUCUAGAAGAAAAAAGAUUCAUCCUUUUUCUGCAAAUUAGACAAGUAGACCUAUCAAUGUCUAUUUAUUUAUAAGCUGGUUGCUCAAAAAAGAAAGAGAGAGUUAGGGUUUUAGCAGCUUUUGAUACGAUGGAGGGUAAUGUUUCGAACCAUUUAGGGGUUCGAAACAACACUAAUGAGGAAGUGAAUAGAACGAAGUUUGGGCAGUCUGAUGAGAGAACCGUAUAUGAGGUUCAGCAUGGAACUCAGCCGAAUCACGGGGAUUACUGUUCUAUUACGAUAGAUGAUGGGGGAGGACUUGACAAUGAGAUGUUACAACAAAGAAUUCAUAGUGUGUAUAGACAAAGAGAGGAUCUGCAUAAUAUGGAGGUUGAGCUUCGAGCUCAGAUAAUGGCUAGAUCUGCUAUUGUUGAAAUGAAAAACAGCUUUGAUGUUCAGAUGAAGGAACACGUGAAUGCAUAUGAGGAACUAAAGGAGCAACUGGAAGAAAGGGAAAGCAUCAUACACGAGAUGGAAUUACAAAUGGAAGAGAAAGAUAGAGAGCUUCGUGCUAUCACUAUAGAUAAUGAAGCGGCAUGGGCGAAGGAGGAUCUUCUUAGAGAGCAAAACAAAGAGUUGGCCAGCUUCCGGUGUGUUGUUUUUGAGAAACCUUGUCUGUUACUUGUUAUGAAUGUAGUCUCAGCUCUACUGUUGUUCACCGGCCACUUAUAUCAAGCUCAUUAUAUUAGUUGUGGGUUAGAUCAGCUAAGGGAAUGAAGUGCGCAGUAUUCUGUUGGGAUCAGAGGCAUAAAGAGUACAACUGUACCUUGGAUCAGUGGGAGACUGAUCACUGAUUGGGGUUCAAUUACA